UUGAUAAGACUGUAAACAAAAACUGUCGUCGAAAAUACUCACAAUCAGCUGUACUUCUCUGCCUAACAGAUUGCUGAUGUCAAAAUUGACAGUGGCUAGCGUUCAGCGAUAACGGACUUUGAACCCCUCGCUCUGUUUGUGUUGCCGGCAAUGCAGCAAAGAAAAAGUCAAUACUCAAAUUGAAUUUCCCGUGACGCUGUCGCCCUUGAAGCCAAAAGUUUAGAUAGACAAGCAACAGGUUCCACUGCAGAGUCGCUCUCCCUCUCACUCUCUCUUUCACUGCCAUUGGAAGCUGCGCCACGGCAACGUUAAUUUCAAUUUGCUCAAACAGUUGCACAUAAUUGUUAAUUGUAAUCAUGGCAGUUGCUGAUAAGAUUGAGAAUGCUCCAGCCGAGCGGAAAGCAAAUCCUGUUAAAUCCUUCAUCACUGGCGGAUUUGGCGGCAUUUGCAAUGUGCUCUCCGGCCAUCCCUUGGAUACCAUUAAGGUGCGUCUACAAACCAUGCCACGUCCUCCACCGGGCGAGAAACCGAUGUACACUGGCACCUUCGACUGCGCCGCCAAGACAAUUCGUCAGGAAGGCGUGCGAGGACUUUACAGAGGCAUGUCAGCACCUUUGACCGGUGUGGCGCCCAUAUUUGCCAUGUGCUUUGCUGGUUAUGCCGUUGGCAAGCGACUGCAGCAGCGCGGCGAGGAUGCCAAGCUCACAUACUCACAAAUCUUUGUUGCCGGCUCUUUCUCCGGUCUCUUCUCAACGUUCAUCAUGGCGCCGGGAGAGCGCAUCAAGGUGCUGCUGCAAACACAGGGCACGGGGCCCAAUGGCGAGAAGAAGUACACGGGCAUGAUCGACUGCGCCAAGAAGCUGUACAAGGAAGGCGGUCUACGCAGCGUCUUCAAGGGCAGCUGUGCCACAAUGCUCAGGGAUCUGCCUGCUAAUGGUCUGUACUUCCUGGUCUACGAGUACAUUCAGGAUGUUGCUAAGGCGCAGUCGAAGACCGGUGAAAUUAAUACUGCCUCCACGAUAUUCGCAGGCGGAGCAGCGGGCAUGGCCUACUGGAUUCUUGGCAUGCCAGCUGAUGUGCUCAAGAGUCGUCUGCAGUCGGCACCCGAGGGAACUUAUAAGCACGGAGUUCGCAGCGUGUUCAAGGAUCUGAUUGUUAAGGAUGGUCCAUUGGCUUUGUAUCGUGGCGUCACGCCCAUCAUGAUUCGUGCCUUCCCCGCGAAUGCCGCCUGCUUCUUUGGCAUUGAGUUGGCCAACAAGUUCUUUAACUAUUUCACUCCCAACUUCUAGUUGAAGCUGAUUUGUUUGUUAAUUGUAGUUUCUUUUAUCCCAGGAAGUGCAAUGAAUUUAUUCACAUGUUUGCGUUAAGUGUAGAAAAGUCGAAAACCAAAAUAAAUACAUAUUUUUUAUACAA